UGAAACUACGUUUGUGUGCAAAUGAUGUACAUGUAACAGACUUUAGAAUGUCAUAUUCUGAGGUUAUUCAUUAACUACAAGUGGGCUCGGAGUGGCAGUUUUAUAUAUGUCAGUAAUAUAUGCCAUUUGUAGUUCUAAAACAUUUUUGACUUGGCAGGGUAUUAUAAAAGUACGUAUGAUAAAAAUUCUUCCAUGGAAAAACAAGGGUGCAGUUCUGAUAAAGAUGAUAAUAGCACUACAAGGCCACAAUGUGUAAGCAUGUUGCAUUCGACUUAUUAUCGGGUUUAGAUGGAAGAGUGAUGGCAGGAUGGAACGGAACCUGUGCUGUUUCCAAUUGUUCUGGACAUGGGAUGUGUCAUGAAGGCUCCUGCAUAUGUCAGGUGCAGUUUACAGGAGGGAGGUGUGCUGAAAUCAAUCAAAGUUAUUAUAUUGCAUUUGGCACAUUCUUCUUCUUUUUAUGCGCUAUAUCUAUUAUACAGCUGUUCCUUUGUAUAAGAUCGGAAUACCACAAGUAUAAAAAUUCUCUAUGGCCAGCUUGUCGGGUCACAGUACAGAAACUUUUAUAUGUGCUCACCAUAAUUGCCACUGCAGUACGAGGAGCAUAUUUCUUGACACAGAGUGAUGCCUCAAAUCCAUUGUCCUCUAACCUGUGGAGUGCGUACUAUCCAGUUGUACUAUCUGGUGGAAGCUUGAUUGUCUGUUUCUGGGCAGAGGUGUUUCAUUUGGAUGGAAUACAAUGUAACAAGCCUGGGUUUCUUAGCAAAUCUAAGAUCUUUUUCGCUGUCUUCAAUGUAGUCUUACUUACGUUAGUUCUGAGUCUAGUGGUGCUCUCAGAGACAAGUGAUUUGGAGCAUUUUGCAUACCAGAACAGCAUUUUUAGUGGCUGCUUUGCUGUUUUGAUGGUUGUAGUGGUCAUAUUUCUUCUCAUAUAUGGUGUAGAGGUGUUUUUUAAGCUUCAUGGUGCUUUUAUCCAAGCCAAUGCAAGCCGAGAACCCUUGAACAUUGCCCAACUCCACAUGAGUAGACUGGGCCUGGUGGCCGCAGCUUGUUUACAGCUGGCUACUGCACUGUUUAUCAUGCUAGAGAUACUGAAAGACCAGUGGAAAGACAAAAUUGAUUUCAUAGGUUUGGCCUUAUAUGACAUUUCAUUCCGAAUAGUUGAGUUUGGAGUUAUUCUCUGGUUUCCCUGUGUUCUAUGGAAUGUAAAAAGACCAGACCAACUAUGGCUGCUCAACCCCAGAAAAAUCCUCAGAUCAGCAGACGACAGUUCUAGUGGUGAUGCUGAAUACUUGUCAGAAUCUUCAGAAACAGAGGGUCUUCUUCACAGGAACAAAAAUGGUGGCCAUUACAGUGCAAUCAAAGAUGGUGCUAAGGGAGGCGAGUGUUGGAUUUGUUACGAUAAUGAGAGGGAAGGUGCUGGACCCUUGAUAGAGCCCUGUAACUGCAAAGGAGACAUGGCGGUGGCUCACCAUGAGUGUUUAAGAAAAUGGCUGAUGGAGGGUAUAGGCACUCCAGGAAAUCUCAGAUGCAAGGUUUGCAAUCAGAAGUAUUGUUUAAAAGAAGGUCCCGUUCAUCUGCUGUAUGGCUUCACGAAGCAGCAGCGGCUUUCAAUGCUGUUAGUCCUUGCUGUAAUGUGUGGAGUCCCCGCUGCGGUCUACUAUGUCUGCCACAACCUUCCAGUUGAUGAGACCUGGUUGCAGGUGUCUGCCAUAGGGGGCGCUUUACUGGUGGAGUGCCUGUGUGUGAGGCUGUUGGGUUUCAAUGCAGUAGCUGCCUACAGAAGAGCAAAAAUAGCUGCAUUGCAGAUAUUAGAGAAAAAACAAGACACCCCCUCAACAGAAGAACCCCAAACCAGCUCAGUUCAGAGUGAAAAUAAUGUGCAAUAUGUUCAAGCUGAAGUGGAAGUUUUUCCAGCAACUUGUAGAGAAGUUCAGUCUCAUUCCACAACGACUUAGUGUACAAGGAGACAGUGUCACAUUGUGACCUAGUCUCUCCACAAAUUAGAUCAAAUUAAGCUUAACACAAUUCACUGGAAAAAGCAUCUUGACUCCACUUU